GGUCAUAGGUCCUGAAGGACGACUUCUCCUCUGGAUCCCGCUCAAUUUCCACCCGGCGGUGUAUGCCCUAGGCAACACGCUGGUGAUACCCAACAAUGCCCUGCAGGUGGACUUGAGUCGUGUUGCACACGGCACAUCAUGGCACAAGUGUCGCGAACAGUAGCAGGCUGCGGAUGUCCUUAUGUCAAUGGACUGGAGAUUUAUGCACAUUCCAUCGAUUUCAUAUAAUACCUGUUUACCAUCUUGGAUUUCAUUCGUUCUGUUCUACUUAAUGUUCUCGCUCUCAGAAAACGUUUAUGAAUGCACAGAUUUUAUUCACUAUGCAUGUUUACAUACACUCAUCCCGUCGGUACUGUACUAUCUGGAAUUACUUCCCCGAGGAUAACUUGAAGGUGUACAAGGGACGUGAACUUGAAG